AUGAUAGUGAAGGUCACGACAAGAUCUCUUCCUCCACCAGAGCCGCCAGACCCCCUCCCAACUCCGUCGUGCUCGCUCACCCAUUCCAAGCCUCACCACCGCACCAAAUUGCUCUCCCCAGGGUUAGUCCCGAGAGCCUCCCUACUACCAUCACCGUCGGACCCUAUCGCUACGACGAAGCCAUCCUCCGCGGUCAAGCUGUAUCACCGUCGGCUCUCACUGGAAUCUCCCCCAGGUCUGAACGGCACUAUUUCGGGAAGGUUUUCGGUUUGGAUUCGACGGUUCAUCACUUUAUCUAUCGGAUUUCGCACCAUUUUUCACCCUACCCCGACCCGUUGGUCACCACCGGCCUCCUUUGGCAGCCGCCAGAACUGUAAUCGCCGGCAAAGACUCACUGAUUAA